UUUAUACAAAGAGUUUCGCUUCGUUGGUUAGACAUAUUCAGUCUUAUGAUGAAGUCCUUACCAUUUAUUUUUUUGGGGUUGGUCUUAUUUUUACCAACUAUUUGGUCGGCAUCUAUUCUUGAUUUUGAUGUAAGUAUCUUAAGGGGAAUUAGUGUCAAGGAUAAAUUACAAUUAGUUCGUGAAAGACGAGCAAGUAAUUGCGGCCAAGGUACUGACGGUGGCGACGCAACCGCCGGCGGCCCCGGUCCUACCGGUGGCGACGGUACUGGCGGCGGCCCCAGUACUGACGGUGGCGACGGUACUGGCGGCGGCCCCAGUACUGACGGUGGCGACGGUACUGACGGCGGCGAUGGUACUGAAGGUGGUGACGGUACUGACGGCGGCGACGGUACUGACGGGGGCGAUGGUACUGACGGAGGCGAUGGUGCUGAUGGCGGCGACGGUACUGAGGGCGGCGAUGGGACUGACAACGGCAAUACUGACAAUGCUGACGAUUCUGACGCCGGCGGCAAUACCGACGGUGGAAAUACUGAUGGUGGUAAUACUGACGGGGGCAGUACAGACAGUGCCAGUACUGACGGCGGCAAUACCGACGGUGACAAUACCGAAGGCAGUACUACUCCAGCGGCUUCCGCUGACGCAGGCAAUACUGACGACAGCAGCGCCUCCGGAAGCGGCUCUGGAACUGGUACCGGAAUCAGUGGUGGAAAUACUAAUAGUAAAGCCGCUCGUCUUCGUCGGCUCCAAAGACUUCGGCGACUCCGGAGACUUCGGCUUCUUCAGCGGCUUAAGCGUCUUCGGCUUCAAGAAGCACUUCGUCGUCGUCAACGUGCAGAACGUGCAGCACGCGCACGUCUAGCGCGAAAAGCCCGGAAACUUCGUAACAAGUGGCGUCCAAAUCGCCAAAGAGGACCACAUAAACGCCAUGGACCCAACCGCCGCAAUCGCAACCGUAGGACUCCCAGUCGACGCAAUCGAUAUAGAAAUCGACGCGGAUAAAUCUUUUCUACCGAAUGGGUUGUCAUUUCCAAAUAGAUAAGCAAUGCAU